AUGGCACCAGCAGGAUGGAUGAAUGACCCAAAUGGAUUGGGAUACGACCCAAAAACAGGCUUAUACCAUUUAUGCUUCCAAUGGAACCCGCACGGGAAUGAUUGGGGCAAUAUCUCCUGGGGCCAUGCUAUAUCCCCAGACCUGGUGUCAUGGACGAUAUCCACCGAUCCCAUCUUGACGCCCGCUACUGAAUAUGACCGCCUCGGUGUCUUUACGGGAUGUCUACAGGCAACCGAUGCCUUCGGACAGCCGGGAGCUCUCACAGCCAUAUACACCUCCGUGAGCCAUCUCCCAAUCCGUUAUACGCUCCCAUAUACACUCGGUAGUGAGUCUCUCAGUUUAGCUGUCUCGCAAGACGGAGGCAAGACCUGGGAGCGCCAGGACUGCAACCCGUUCCUCACUGGCCCGCCUUCACAUCUUAAUGUGACGGGCUGGAGAGAUCCUUUUAUCACAACUUGGGCCGAAGGACCUCUUUCCAAACACACACGGUCAACACUAUAUGGCUUUGUGUCAGGAGGAAUUUCCAAGAAAACUCCAACAGUAUUUGUCUACACUGUCCAAGCAACAGAUCUCAGCAAGUGGGAGUUCAUUGGCCCAUUGAUCGACGUCGGCCUCAAUCUACACCCAUCUCGCUGGUCAGGCGACUAUGGCCUGAACUGGGAAGUUGCUAAUCUGAUGACCUUGACCAAUGAUACCACGUCUCGGGACUUCAUCAUAGUGGGAGCCGAGGGCUGUGUGCCAUUCGAGAGUUCAAACCAAGACGCGGCCCAAGAAGCACGUCGGAGACGAGAACCCCGAGGCCAGUUCUGGAUAUCUGUCACAUCCAACGGAGAAAAGCAAUCUACCUCCACAGACGGUGCUCUAGCCUCGUAUGCUUUCUCUGGUAUCUUCGAUCAUGGCUGCUACUAUGCGGCCAACUCCUUCUACGACCCUCAAACCUCGCAACGUAUCGUCUAUGGCUGGAUCACGGAAGAGGACCUGUCCAAUUCUCUGCGUCAUCGUCAAGGAUUCAGUGGCCUGCUUUCACUUCCUCGUGUGGUGGGAUUGAUGACAAUGAGAAAUGUCAAGAAGGCACGAAUCUCGGAGUUGAGUUCGAUUACCUCAAUUGAAGCAGUCCCCGAUGCACCUGGUACUGGUACUUUCACGAUCCAUACCAUGAAGAUCAACCCAGAUAGCCGACUUGCGCGGCUCAGACAGAGUGCACGGGAGAGCCACCUCGCUGACGUUGCCCUGUCCACAUCACCUUCACAAAGUGCGAUGCUGUUGGGGACAUCUAAAUGGGAAAUCGACGCCGAAUUUUCGGUUAGUAGAUCCUGUGCACGUGUGGGUAUCAGGAUUCUACACACUCAUGGUAAGACAUUGGUUCUGAUUCGUCGGAUCUAUCAUACAUAUACUGAACUGAUACUCGUUCAUCUAGACGGUCAAGAUUGCACGACCCUUUCCUGGGAUCAACGAAGUGAGACCUUUGAAAUCCAUCGACCUUUGAUUGACGACACUGAAGUAAACCACGGCUAUGAAACUGCUCCGCACACGCUAUUUACUUGCCUGAAUGAGCGAGGUGACGAGGUUGAAGAAACGCUUCGAGUGCACGCUUUCUUCGACUCAAGCGUGUUAGAAGUUUUUGUCAAUGACAGAACGGUCAUAUCUACACGAAUCUACCACCCAGCAGCUAAUUGCUUCGGACCACUGUUCUUCGCGGAGUCUGAUGCUGAUGCUGAUGCUGGGGUGGACGGGGAUCAGCCAACUGCAGUUCUCGUGCGAGCUUCUAUAUGGGAUAGUCUUGGUGUAUGA